GCGGAAUUUUAACUGUGAAUUGAGUAAUAUUUUGUAAUCUAAAUAUAUGUCUAAGCAGUGCUGUUCGGCACUUAUCCCACCAACGUAGUUUCAGAAGAGGAAAUGAAUAAAAACAUUAUAAAAUAAUGACAAUAUCAAUGAAAGAACAGGAUCAGAUGCCCGGGGAGAUUUCUUUCCCUGAGGCCAAAUUAAAAGCACUUGAAGAAAAAAUAUCACAUCCCAGAUGGGUUGUCCCAGUGUUACCAGAACAGGAAUUGGAGGUGCUUCUUAUUGCUGCAACUGAACUGGCGGCCAAAGGUGAAGAUGAGAACAAUGUGGCUUGUCAACGGUUUUACAAUGACGCACUGACAGUGUCAUUUACGAAGAUCCUCACUGAUGACGCAGUGUCCUCUUGGAAAAACAACAUUCAGCAAUGUGUGCGAUCCAAUUGCGAGAAGUUGGUCAAACUGUGUGCUAUGAAAUUAAAUGAUCCUAGAUUUCUGCAUUUAUUGUCUAUGGCCUUUAAUCCAAACAACAAAUUUCACACUUUUAAUGCAUCACGUACCUGUGAAGGAUUAUCAGCAAGCACUAAUCUACCCUCUGCUGGACAAGGCUCCACACAGGAGCCAGAAGUAUUUAGUAGAUCACAAGACCUGAGAACUCCUCGAGGAUGGCUGGUUCACCUUAUCAAUGUAUUUGGGCACGCUGGCGGUUUUGUCAAACUGCGUGAACGGUUUGAAGAAAUAAUGGGUUUUCAAAAAUUGGAAAUAACAGCAUCUGUUAACUCUGAAGAGAAGGUUUUGACAGAGACUACUGAAAAAGAUAAUGAAGUGAAAACAAAUAAUGAAACUAACCAUACUGUUCCUAAUUCUCUUAUGAUCGCAGAAAAUAGUGAGAUCUCUUGUACUGUGAAAAGCGAGCAACCCUCGUCACUGGAACAAUCGACUAGCGGCGAGACCCGGAUCGCCGCCGUGUGGCAACUGCUGCGACCUCUCGGCCUUUGUCACGACCUACUAACUCCACACACAGUCACCACAUAUCUCUUGCCUGUUCUGGAAUGUAUCCCUACUCUACUAGACAGCCUAACAGACGAAGAACUGAAGAAAGAAGCGCGGGGAAGUGAGAAUAAGACUGACACAGUAUCCUGUUUAAUACGGGCAUGCAAAUGCGUCUCAGUAAAGACCCCACAUCACCACAGUUUACUCAAAUCUCUGGAAAUGUUUCGCCUCAAAAUGAUACUUCGUUUGCUACAAAUGUCGUCAUUCAAUGGUAAAAUGUCGGCCCUCAAUGAAAUCAAUCAAUUAAUCAGUACCAUGUCCCAGCAACCUAAACCAGAGUGGUUGACUCCUGCGGUUAUUACAACCUGGAUACGAGAAAACAAGGUUGUCGAUAUAGUAUUGCGGGACUCCCUCCACCAGCCACAGUAUGUCGAUCGACUGGAGAAGAUGCUUAGGUUUAUGAUAAAGGAGAACUCAUUGACCAGGGAGGAUUUAGAUGCCAUUUGGAAAGCGCAGCAUGGAAAACACGAAGCAAUUGUGAAAAAUUUACAUGAUCUGCUUGCUAAACUUGCUUGGGAUUUCACACCUGAUCAACUGGAUCAUCUUUUUGACUGUUUUAAGGCGAGUUGGGCGACGUCUAGUAAGAAGCAAAGUGAUAAAUUAUUGGAAGUAAUUCGACGUUUAGCUGAGGACGAUAAAGAUGGAGUUAUGGCAAACAAGGUUCUGGUACUAUUUUGGAAUUUGGCACAUUCUGACGAAGUAUGCACUGAAAUAAUGGAUGUGGCCUUGGCGAAUCUAAUAAAAAUCCUAGAUUAUAGUUGUAGUCAAGAUCGUGACGCUCAAAAAACACUUUGGUUAGACAAGUGCGUGGAGGAAUUAAAAAGCAACGAAAGAUGGGUACUGCCGGCUCUGAAGAUGAUGCGGGAAAUCUGCUGCCUGUAUGAGGCCGGCGCGGGCAGCGGCGUGCGGCCGCACGUGACGCGGCAGGAGCUCAUCGACCGCUUGCAGACGCAGCACUCGCUCGUCAUCCUCGUCACCGACUCGCUCACCAACUACAUGGAUGGAGUGCGGGCUAAACUUGCCGGGGAAGGGGAAAUUGAUUGGGAAAACUGGUUGCCCGACGGCAGGUAUGCCCAUGCGGCGCAAGUUCAGGAAAGGUUAAGCUUCUUGCGCUUCCUGCUCAAAGACGGACAGUUGUGGCUUUGCGCGGAACAGGCUAAGCAAAUAUGGUCGUGCCUAGCGGAACGGCCGGCACACCUUGGGGACCGUGAAGCCUGCUUUCGUUGGUUCAGCAAGCUGAUGGGCGAGGAGCCUGAUCUAGAUCCCAAUAUUAACUUGCAUUUUUUUCGUCGGAAUAUCAUGACAUUAUCUCCAAACUUGUUAACGCAUGCUGGCAUUAAAUGUUUUGAAAGGUUCUUCAAAGCAGUAAAUUCGAAAGAAGGUAAACUCCGCGUGAAACGACGGAGCUUCCUGCUUAACGACGCUGAUCUCAUAGGGUUAGAUUACUUGUGGAGGGUGAUAACGGAGUGUGACGACGAGAUCUCGGCUCGCGGGAUCGAGCUGCUGCGCGAGGUGUGCACGUGCGUGAGCGGCGCGGUAGCGCCCGCCGCGCACCACGAGGCCUUCCUCACGCAGUGCUGCGCGCGCACGCAGCGCCUCCAGACAGAUAUAAACCUCAACGAAGAUGCUACUGAAAGCUGUACUAGAAUGUGUAGAGUCAUUCGUGCCAUACAGGAAUAUAUAAAUGAAUGUGAUAGAAGGUUUUCGGCAGAGAGGCAAAUAUUACCGAUGUACAGAUCGGGUAGGGGUAGACAAUGCACUAUAAUUGUCAGAUUCAAUUUUCAAACUGGCCAAAGACAACUCGAUGAUAUCGAGCUUUUCUCACACUUUAACGAGGCUUUAUACUCGUUGCGAGCGGCAAUCCAAAGAAGGUUAAAGUGUGCUUCAGACACUAAUACGAAAUUAGAAUUGUUUGUUAAUAAGGUAGAACUAUAUUUAAAUGGCGAACUCUUAGAUUCGUCCCACGAUCGUAAAAUCCUUUCUCAAAUUCCUGUCCGGGAUAAAACCGUGAUCGUGGCCAAAGUGUACGACGGGCACCUGCCCACGUGCGGCAGCGACUCGAGCAGCGACUCCAGCACGUCGUCGCCGCCCGCGCCGCCCACGCCCGAGCACGCCUUGCCCGGAGUGCUUUUCGCGCAAGGUACUUGGUACAUACCAUUCAUAUUGGAACUGGAACAUAUUGGCGUUAUGAAAAAGCAUCCCCAAUUAAUGGAAGCUGCUCAUCUACUUUCUCAAAUUUGUCCGGCACACAAACUUACUGUUGAUAAACUGACAGAGGCUUUACUCAGCCGCGAGGACGCCAAGUUGCGGGACAUGCUGUACGGGCCCGCGCCGCCCACGGUCGCGUACAACGUGGAGGUGCUGUACAGCAUGGUGAUGCCGUCCUCGGACACCAGGCUAGACCGCAGUCGGAGCUUCCAACUUGCCUGUGUCAAAAAUGCGCCUUUAUUAAUCCAGUGUCUGUCUGACAAAGACUUUCUCCAAGGAGCUUCGUCUCACACAAGGAGGGUGGGCUACUUAUCUUUAGUCAGAUUGGCUAAACUAGUCUUAUACACAUUGGGCCACCUCUUUGAAAUAUUGGCUCCUGAUGGCUCAGAUACAUCAGUUGACAAGGACUUUAGAAUGGAUGUAACAAUUUUACGCGAAGCACUUCAAACUUUGCCCAGUCACAACUGCGAAUUGAUCGUGAAAGCGAUUGCCGAGAAACUGGCCAACACUCUGGGCGAGCAGGUGGUGAACAGUACAGAGGACAGCGACGUGGUGUCGUCGCUAGUGUGGUGGUGCGUGCCCACCACGGCCACGGUACGCGCCCUCUACGGCCUCGCCUUCUCAGUCGCGCAGCCCGCCGACGCCAACGGCGCUGUUCAUCCCGAUGACGUCACAUUGGUCCGGGAAUGUAUGGAGGUGGUCACAAUAUGCCUGGCUCUUGGCGGAGGCUGGUUGGAGGCUUUACUGAACGAGUCAUGGUGGCAAGACACGGCGUUGUACUUGAUGAUUGAUUGCCCAAAUCCUCAGGUGCGCGUGUCUUGCGCGGAGCAGCUGUUGUCAAUGUGCGCAUGGGGUGGUGGCGGCGGCGCGCGCGCCGUGCUGGAGGCGCUGGGCGGCGUGGUGGGCGAGCCGGGCGGCGCGCGCCUGCAGCGCCACGCGCGCCACGCGCAGCAGUUCCUGCAGCUGCUGUGCAGGCUCGUCUCGCUCGCCGGACCCACUUCCCGGACGCUCGAGGACCUCGCUAUUGAGGUGGCGUGGUUGAGAUCAGUGCGAGCAAAUCCUGAGAUACUCGAUGAUACGCUUCUAGAGGGACACCUGAAUUUAACCAAAGAAUUAUUUACACAUGUUCCGGCACAAGUCAAGUACCAAUAUGGAGCGCAUCCGGAACACAAGGACAGAGGUUUAAUUAGGGAAGUGACAACGGAAUUCCUGUGGCCGUACUCUUGGGCGUGGUGCCGGAUGGGGGAGGGCGACAGCUCGGGCGGGGACGCGGGCGAGCCGGCGCCGCCGCUGUGCCGCUCGCCCGGCGCCGCCGCCGCCGCCACCGAGCUGCUGCUCGCGCUCGUGCACGGCUGCGUGCCCAACAUGGCCGAGCUCGCGCAUCUACUCGAGCUCAUGUUUUAUAGUGAGAAAAACGUGCCACUUGUGGAGUGGGAGUACAUGCCGUGCGUGGGGCCGCGGCCGGCGGCCGGGCUGGCGGGGCUCAAGAACGCCGGCGCCACCUGCUACAUGAACUCGGUGCUGCAGCAGCUCUACUGCGUGCGCGACGUGCGCGACGCCAUACUCACCGUCCAAGGAGCAGCAACAGAUCCUAACGAAGAUUUCUCUGGGGAGAACCAACACUCUAUUGUAGAGAAAGUGGAGACUACUGGCGACUACAACAUCACAAUUUUGAAACAAGUCCAAGCUAUUUUCGCACAUUUACAUUUCAGUAAACUGCAGUACUAUGUGCCAAGAGGAUUGUGGGCUCAUUUUAGACUGCAAGGCGAGCCAGUAAACCUCCGAGAACAACAAGAUGCUGUAGAGUUUUUCAUGUCUCUUGUGGAAUCAUUAGACGAAGCUUUGAAAUCAUUGGGACAAGAACAACUGAUGGCCAAAACAUUAGGAGGUACUUACUCAGAUCAAAAAAUCUGUAAGGGAUGCCCGCACAGGUACUGCAAAGAAGAACCUUUCAGUGUGGUGUCUUUAGACAUAAGAAACAUGUCACGGCUUCAGGAAUCUUUAGAAGCGUAUGUGCGAGGCGAACUCUUAGAAGGCGCCGAUGCUUACCACUGUGAUAAGUGUAAUAAGAAGGUUGUAACCGUGAAAAGGUUAUGUUUAAAUAAAUUACCACCAGUUCUAGUCAUACAACUGAAAAGAUUCGAAUAUGACUUCGAAAAAGUUUGCGCGAUUAAAUUCAAUGACUACUUUGAAUUUCCGAGGGAAUUGGAUGUUGAGCCGUAUACAGCUCGAGGACUAGCGCGCGCGGAGGGCGACGCCUCGCUAUGGGAGGGAGGUGAAGAACGGUCGCCCGAGACGCACUACCAGCUCAGCGGCAUCGUAGUGCACUCGGGACAAGCUUCCGGGGGGCACUAUUAUUCAUAUGUGCUUUUACGAGACAACGGCAGCGAGACUGGACGGUGGGUGAAACUGGACGACGGCGACGUGACCGAGUGCGCCAUGCACGACGACGAGGAGAUGAAGGCGCAGUGCUUCGGCGGGGAGUACACGGGCGAGAUAUUUGAUCCGAUGUUAAAGAGGGUCUCAUACAAACGCCAAAAAAGAUGGUGGAAUGCAUACAUACUAUUUUACACGAGGAAAGACACAAUUGAAAAUACUAGUCUUGUGCAGUCAAUGAGAAAUAUGAAUUUCAAGGAAAGUGCAAUUCCUCGACCUAUCUGGUUGUCAGUCCGUCGCAGCAAUAUUGCUUUUUCUCACAAUCAAGAUCAAUUUAGUUUGGAGCAUUUUAACUUCAUGAAAAAGCUGUGCUUCUUGAGGUUGCAAGUGCCGCCUGGCACAACAAAUGCUAUUUGGGGCCCAGAACACGAAGAGAUGUCGAUGCUUACAGUUCAGCUAGCAACAAAAUUCUUGUUCCAAGUUGGGUUUCAUACAAAAAAGACUCUGCGAGGGCCUGCGUCAGAUUGGCACGAUAUACUAUGUCAGCACCUACGAUGUUCCCAAGUCGUCAGGUCGUGGUUUGCGACGGAUCUAUUUAAGCACCCACACAGAUUAUGCGACUAUUUACUGUCGUGUCCAUCUGCUGAAGUACGAGUAGUUUUCAUGAAAAUAAUUGUGCUGCUGGCUCACUUCUCAAUCCAAGACCCACCGGUGAACAGCGGCUACGGGUCGUGGGCGUCGCGCGACGAGGUGACGUCGCUGUCGGACCAGGUGCUGGCGGCGGCGCGCGCGCUGGCCGCGCCGCACCACGCCGACUCGCAGGCGCACCGCCACCUGCCGUUGCUGUUCAAUCUGUUCCACGCCUACUCGGUGCUCGGCAUCAGCGAACGGCAUCAGCUAUUACGGCUACGAAUACUAGACAUUGUUUUGUCGGUAUGCAUGGACGACUCAUCAUCGUCCCUGGGAAAAUACCAAUAUCCAGAGUCUGCAAAGAUACACCAGUUGGUGUCACUGCUGGUGCGAUGUUGCGACGUGAGCGCGCGCUGCCAGUCGGCGAACGUGGCGGAGGGCGCGCCGCCGCUGCCGAACCCCUUCUGCGACCCGCCGCCCACCGUCACCGCCGCCUCCAACGUGCACAGGCCUCUGCUCUCCGCUCCCGCUGCUGACAUAUUGUAUAACAGAACUGGGACUUACAUGAAGAAAUUGACAGAAGAGUGCUGCGUGUGCGAGGAGAGCAUACGACUGCUACAGUUCCUGUGCUGGGAGCACGCCGGCUGGUCGCGCAUGGCGCUGGCCGAGCUGCUGUGGCAGAUGGCAUACGCCUACUGCCACGAACUGCGCCGCCACUCCGAUGCGCUCACCGCGCUCCUGCUCAUGGAGGACAGCUGGCAGCAGCACCGCAUACAUAACGUUAUUAAGGGCGUUUCGGAAGAGCGGCCCGGGUUGUUGGAGACGGCGUCGCGCGCGCGCGGCCACUACCAGAAGCGCGCGUACGCGUGCGUGAAGCUAGUGGUGGGCGUGAUGUGCCGCGCGCCCAGCGCCGUGCGCGCCGUGCACGCGCAGCCGGAGGCGCGCCGGCGCUGGCGGCAGCUGCUCGCCUGGCUGCAGGACGAACUCGACCGCAAAUAUGGACCUGGAGGGUACGGGUCGUAUGGCACGUGGUCGCCGCCGGGUACAUCCAAUGAAACAUCCAGUGGAUAUUUCCUGGAAAGAAGCAAUUCUGCUCGGAAAACGCUUGAAAAAGCUUACCAAUUGUACCCGGAGGAUGAAGACGAAGAAGAAGAGUGUCGAGAAACCGCGGAGGGCGAGGUGGAGGUGGUAGCGGGCACGGAGAGCGGCGACGAGGAGCCCCCGGUGGACGUGGAGGCGGGCUCGCCGUCUGCGCCGCCCGUGCCCGCCGCCGCGCCUGCGUCUCCCGUGUCGCCCACUUCGCCGUGGUCCCCCGGCGCGCUGGACGCGCCCGACGCCCUGGCCGCUCCCUCCACGCCGGCCGCCACGGUGUCGUCGCUCACGCCGGCCGGCCCGUCGGCGCGCGAUCCGCACGCGGCUAUUUGAGCUCCGCCCCCGCUACUGCGCGGAUCGGACUCACCGCCGCCGCCGCCGCUGCCUCCGCGGAAGCCAUCUUCAAAUCGACGACCGCCCCCUCCGAUCCCUCGUGGAACGGCUCCGCCCGUCCGCGAACUACA